AUGCUGGGGAUAUUAGGGGAAAACAAGCUGGUCCUAUGCUUUAGAAACAUCAGGUUUCCUGUUAAGAAAAACAGGGGCCUGAAACUCUUCUCCUUGGGCAUGGGCUGCAUUUGCUCCAAAGUAUCAAAGGAUGAGAACGAGGUCAAGAACGAGAAAGGCUCCAAGGAAUCCUCGAAAAAGUCGGUGAGGAAGGAAGAUGUUGCUGUCGAGGCUGAUAACGGAGGCAAUGAAGCUACCGCAAGUCUUAUAUCGACAGAAAAUGUGGAGAAAAGCGUGAGGCCCACAGGUGAUAAGAAGCCUAUGGUUUUCGAGAAGGCUGUUAUCGGGCCCCAUACGGUCGAGAACGGGACCCAUGUAGGGAAGCCUCAGAUUUGUCGGGUGUUGAGCAUGAGGAAUGGGGUUGACGGGUCACAGGUGGUUGCGGGGUGGCCGCCUUGGUUGACCUCGGUGGCAGGGGAAGCCAUUAAGGGAUGGAUACCUCGGAAGGCGGAUUCUUUCGAGAAAUUGGAUAAGAUUGGUCAGGGUACAUACAGCAGCGUGUAUAGAGCUCAUGACCUCGAAACUGGAAAAACUGUCGCUUUGAAGAAGGUACGGUUUGUGAAUAUGGACCCAGAAAGUGUCCGUUUCAUGGCCAGGGAAAUCCUUAUCUUACGCAGGCUCGAUCACCCUAAUGUCAUGAAGCUUCAAGGUCUUGUCACUUCUAGGGUUUCAGGGAAUCUAUACUUGGUAUUCGAAUACAUGGAACACGAUCUUGCGGGACUUGCAGCUUCACCACUAGUUCACUUUACUGAAUCUCAGCAGAUAAAGUGUUUCAUGCAACAGCUGCUUCGUGGGCUUGAACACUGUCAUAACCGUGGAGUCUUGCAUCGUGAUAUUAAGGGCUCAAAUCUUCUGAUUGACGGUCAUGGAAAUCUUAAGAUUGGUGAUUUCGGGCUGGCCACCUUUUUCCGGGCCAAUCAAAAGCAGACCCUAACUAGUCGUGUUGUAACAUUGUGGUAUCGGCCUCCCGAGCUUUUACUUGGUGCUACGGACUAUGGCGUAGCUGUAGAUUUAUGGAGCUCGGGUUGCAUUCUUGCUGAACUAUUUGCGAGGAAACCAAUCAUGCCCGGAAGAACAGAGGUUGAACAGCUUCACAAAAUCUUUAAACUUUGUGGUUCACCCUCGGAAGAAUACUGGAAGAAAUCAAAGUUACUGCAUGCUACAAUCUUUAAGCCUCAGCAACCGUACAAGAGAUGUGUGGCUGAGACAUUUAAGGAUUUCCCUCCUUUGGCUUUAUCGCUUCUAGAAUCUCUUCUUGCUUUUGAACCGGAGCUUAGAGGGUCAACAACUUCUGCACUUCACAGUGAGUUCUUCACGACAAAACCUCUACCUUGCGACCCGUCAUCUCUACCGAAUUACCCACCUUGCAAAGAAUAUGACGUCAAAGCACGAGAUGAGGAGGCAAGAAGACAGAGAGCGGCUAGUGGAAAGGGAGGCCGAGUCGAGUCAUCCAGAAAAGUCUCGAAAGCAAUCCCAGCACCUGAUGCUAAUGCUGAGCUGCCAGCUUCAGUACAGAAGAGGAAAGGGCAACCGAAUCCAAAGAGCAACAGCGAGAUGUCGAGAGGAUCUCUUCGUAACAACGGCCCAUCUGAAAAUCCACUGGAUGCUUCCCAUGAGGUGAUUGACUCCUCGGGAUAUCGAGACCUAAAGACUCAGAGGUCUUUCAAGCCACAGGGGACCGCUGCCCGACUGGCUCGGUUCUCCAACUCGGUUGCGGCCCGGGGCAGCUCACAGCUUGAUUUCAGCCGAGAUUCGAGUGUUCACGCAAACUGGCGGAAUCCAUAUGAAUGGAUGGAAGAUGCCGAGCAGUCCAAUAAUCUGCUGGGAAAAGCCGAGUCCACAUACAAGAUCAAUGGGCAGGCACCUAAUCUGAAGGAGGCUAAUAUGGGUUAUGCUUUCAAGAAGACAAGAAUGCACUAUUCUGGUCCAUUGCUGCCUCCUGGUGGAAGUGUGGAGGAGAUGCUUAAAGAGCACGAAAAACAGAUUCAGAUAGCUGUUAGAAAAGCUCGUGACAAGAGUAAGAGCAGGCUAUGCCAGCUCGAUAAUGCACAUACUGAUUCACUCUUAGGAUACGUAAAUGGCCGCUGA